AUGUCUCCCUCAAGUGCUCACCGAUUUUCAUUUUCUCGUCCUUCAAUAUCCUUUGCCGUCGGUUUCGCUUUGGGGACGGUUGUAGGAGUACUUGGAGUCAAAUAUGUCAGUUAUAUUCUCUCAAAUAAGCACAGUUCUGAUCAGUUACUAAAGAAAUUAGAAACGGUUCAACAGAGUUUUGCCAAUCGUACCGAAGGAUCUGUGGCUGCAGAGGCAAUUCUGGACAGUGACACAAGUGAUGAUGAAUUUUUUGACGCCACUGGAGGAUUUUCGAGUGAUUGUAGCGGUGAAUUCACAUCUGCGCGUUCCUCUUCCGUAUCCCUUUUCUCACUGGUGCCGCCGAACCAACCACUUCCCUCUGAAGUGAUGUUCACUUUGGAUAGGCUUGCCCAAUCAGCUAGUCGUGCUACACCGGGCCGAGAUCUCAAAUCCAAAGCCGAAACGUACUACUUCAUGUGUCUGGAGAACAAAAAGAAAUUUAGACAUCAUCCGGCCUUUCUCUGGCGAUUCACUCGAGCAGUUUAUUUCAUGUAUCUAGCCAAAAUAACAGAUCCUGCUCCUACUGCUUCUGGACCCCCCUCCUCCUCGGAGAACAGCGAUUGGGUAGAUGUGGGUCUCUCGAUUGCUCGCUCCGCUGUUCGCCAGGCUGAUAUUGUCAAAACGAUGCCUGUGGAUGGUGCAGAAAAUUGCAAUGACAUGCGGAAAGAUGCCGCAAGGGCCUAUCAGUGGUUAGCUGUAUUUAUUGGACUCCUGGCCAAUAGCUCAAAUACUGCAAUUGCUCAAAGGAUUCAAUUGGGCUAUGAGUUUGAAGUGAGUGUUGUUGUUGGAGCAAGAACUGUGUAA